GUGUUGUCUCAGAAGUUACUCAAGAAAAAAGUGCCGCAAAACAAGGCAUUCAAAAACGUUGCGUUUAUUAUCGCAAUCGCCGCACGUGUUUAGUGUUUGUGACCACUGACUGCACCCGACCCGUACCGCCCCGUUAUUCGCGAUGCCACCGAAACCGGUGAUCAAAUACAGCGUGGGCGAUUUGGUGUUCGCCAAGGUCAAGGGCUACCCGCCCUGGCCCGCACGGAUCGAGAACGAGCCCCCGUUUGGCUAUAAGGCGGGCCCCGGGAAGUACCCGGUCUUCUUCUUCGGCACAUACGAGUCGUACGUAUAUGCGGUGGUGGCCGCCCGGGACCUGUUCCCGUACGAACAGCACAAACCCAAGCUGGGCAUCAAACGCAAAGUGGCCACUUUUAACCAGGGCUUGGAUGAGAUCGAGAACAACCCGCAGCUGACAGUGGGUGAGGCGGCGCCCGACGAGUUGCCGCCGGCGGCCGACGAUGACGGCCAGGAGGAGGGAGAGGAGGCUAGUGGUAGCGCCGCCGACGACGUCGAUAUCGAUAUGGACACCACUGCGGCCACUGCCGGCUCAACCAUAUCCGACACGUCGAUGGCGGCGGCCGACACGAUGGCCAACGCGGCCGACAUAUCGGUGUCUAACGGACAGGAUUUGAACAAAACUAAUGAGACGACUGUUGGCGCUGCGGAGGCGGAGACGAUGGCGCCGACCGAUGAGGCGAUGCCAUCGGCGCCGGAAGACACCGACGACGAGGACAAAAAACUCAUUAUCGAUGAUCGCGUCGAGAGUCCCCGCAAAGGGUCGAAGGGAGCGUCGGCUAAGAAGGGCUCGACAGCGGCGGCGGUCAAGAAGUCGUCCGUAACGGCCGCCGAGCCGUCGACCAGCGCUGGCAAGAAGUCGUCGAAAGGGUCCAAAAAGGAGACGCAAUCGGCGGCUAAGACCCCAUCGAAAGGCGGCGCUAAACGCAAGUCAAGCACUAGUGAUAAGUCUGGCGGUCGAGCGAAACGCCGGCGGGCCGUCAUUGAGGACAGCAGCGACUCGGAUGGCGGCCAUAAGGCCGACGAGGAGAGCGGCGCCGACAGCAAGACUGCCAGCGCUGACGAGAAGAAGCCGACGAUCGCCGCCGAAGAGUCGCCGCCCGUGAAGGAGGAGUCCGACGGCGACGACUCUGACGACGAGAUUGUGACCAAAAAGAGCCGCAAACGGAAGAAAGAGAAACCGGCGAAGAAGGAGAAGCACUCGUCGGCCAAACACGAGUCCUCUUCGGCGGCCAAAAAACGGCACCGAAAGGAGAAGGAGUCGUCGUCUGGCGGCAAGUCUAAGGACAAGGAGGCGUCCACUGCGGCCGAGUCCGGGUCCGAAGCGGCGGCCGAAGACCCGGAAGUGGUGGAGAAGUUGCGGCUUAAGCUCCAGGAGUCGAAAGACAAGGAGAAAGAGAUCCAACAGAAACUACAAGAGAAGGAGAAGGAAAAGGAGAGACGAAAACAGGAGAAGAAGGAACAGAAGCGCAAAGAGAAGGCCGAGAAGUCGUCGGCGGCCGCCACUACUGGCAUCGCACCGGCAGCUGCGGCCGCACCCAAACCGCCGCCAACUGUGGCCGAAAUGUUGACCAACAUUAACACCGAUAUACAGGACUCGCUGUCCCGCGACUCGGCUAAUGUGGACAAGUGUUUGGAGGCAAUGGAGCGCUUGAAGACGGUUGUGGUGACACCCGAUGGGCUCGAGUCGUACGGACCGCAGUUGAAGGCGUUGGUCGUGACGCUGAAGAAGUGCCGCAAAUAUAAGCCCGACGAAAGGGUGCGCCAGAAGUCCGACCACUUGUACCACAAGUUUAAGGACUUUUUCUACAACUCAGACACAUCAGACAUACCGGACGCGCCGUCGGUGUUGAACAAUACGGGCGCCGAUAGCACCGAAUCCAGUGAUUCCAAAGACAAGAGCAGUGAUACGAACGCCGCGGAACCGAUUGGCGAGUCGACGGCGGCGGUGAAGGCCGAGCCCGCGAGUAUUGAGGCCACGAUCACCAACAUUACCACAGAUUCUACGGCCACAGCUGUUCCGCCGGUCGGCGACAGCGCGACCGCCGCCGAAGUGACAAACAAUGGUCACUCGGAGUCGGUCGCGGAAGCGAUCAAAAGCGAGCCAAUCACCGACACGAUAGCGCCCGUAGUCGACGACACGGCUCUCAAAGCAAAAGGCCAGGAGUUGUCGUCGGUUAAGGCGGAGCCAACUGUUCCCAAGAGCGCCGACAACGGCGUGUCUGGCGACGAGUCGACGCCCGUCACCGGCGAUCAGCCAUCAUCUCAAACGACCAAAGAUAGUACCGAUACUAAUACGACGACCACUACUACCACUACGACUAGUACUACACCCGUACCUCCCGUUCCCGCAUCAGACACUAUCGCAAACGCCACAUAAAAACACAGCAAAUGUUUUGUUUAGUAAUUACCCGUUUUUGGGGGUAUUUUUUGAGUUAAUAA